UUUGGCCCCAAAGCGGCGCCUUUAAGGCCGAGUUUAAGCGCAGGGCCCGCGAGUUCAGCUCGGCCCGGCCCGGGGGUCCCGCCGCUCGGGCCCGUCCAGGGGGCCCGGGGGUGGCGGGGGGACCCGGGCCGGUGCCGGGAGGGGUCCCGAAGGGGAUCCCGGGGCAUUCCCGGCAAUUCCCCCGGGCCCGCCCCCCGCGCUCCCUCGGCCACUUUCGCUUUCGCGUCUCCCGAACUGCGCCCAGCGGGGCCAGCGGAGCAGCGCGAUGGCUCCAGCGCUGGGGCUGGGGGCGCUCCUGGCGCUCCUGGGGGUCUUGGCGGUCUCGGGGGGGCAGCCCGAGGUUCUCCACUCCCUGCGUUACCUGCACAUGGCGGUGACAGAGCCCAGCCCGGGGGUCCCUCAGUUCCUGUCCAUGGGAUACGUGGACGGGAUCCCCUUCAUGCGCUACGACAGCGAGCGGGGCCGGGCAGAGCCGCUGACUCCGUGGAUGGCGGCCGGAGCCGAGCCGGGAUAUUGGGAUGAACAGACCCAGAUUGCUGAGGGGAACCGGCUCGUGGCUGCCGACAACCUGGAGACAGUGGGGGGCCGGUACAACUGGAGUGGGGGUCUACACACAAGGCAGUGGCUUUAUGGCUGUGACCUCCUGUCCGACGGGAGCGUCCGUGGAUCCCUUCGGCGCAGCUACGACGGGCGGGAUUUCAUCUCCUUCGAGCUGGGAUCCGGGAGCUUCGUGGCGGCCGAUGGAGCUGCCCAGAUCACCAAGAGGAAAUGGGAACACGAUGGGAUCGAGGUGGAGAGACUGACACAUUACCUGGGGAACACCUGUCCAGAAUGGCUCCGGAAAUACAUCAGAUGCGGGCGGGAGGCACUGGAGCGCAAAGAUCCCCCCGAUGUCCACGUGUCCGGGAAAGAGGAACACGGGAUCCUGACGUUGUCCUGCCACGCGUACGGAUUCUACCCCAGGGUGAUCGGGAUCAACUGGUUGAAGGGGGAUGAACUGCGGGAUCAGGAGACGGAGUGGGGCGGGAUCGUUCCCAACAGCGACGGCACCUUCCACAGCUGGGCCAGGAUCGAGGCGCUGCCGGGGGAGCGGGAGCAGUACCGGUGCCGGGUGGAGCACGCCGGAAUGCCGGAGCCCGGGAUCUUCGCCUGGGAGCCGGAAUCCGUCUGGAAUUCCAGCCCGGUGUUGGUGGCUGUGUCCGUCAUCGCUGCCAUCAUCAUCAUUGGCCUCGUGGGAGUCGGUGUCUGGAAGCUCCGAUCCGGGAAGAGGGAGGGGAAUGGAUACGACCCCGCACCCACCAGUGAGUCCCAGCAGCGUGUGUGGAUCCAGAUCCUCUGGGCAGGGAUCCCAGGAUGGAUGCCGGGAUUCCAGAGGGGAAUGGGGGCCUAAUGGCUGGAGCGGGAUUGGAAGGGGAUUCCAGCUCAGGGCAGGAUUCCAGAGUGGGCUCAGGUGGAAUUGUGGACUGGGAUCAGGGCUGGAUUCUGGAGUGGGAUUGGGGUGGGAUGGAUGGAGUGGGAUUGGGGUGGGAUGGACGGAGCAGGAUCAGGAGGGAUUCCAGAGCAGUUCCUGCUCUCCCUGGGCUCCACAGCUGGCUCCAUCCCCUGGGAUGGGAACAGGGACAUGGUGACUCCUUUCCCUGCUCUCAUCCCAGCAGGAAUCACAGCCUGAGCCAUUCCGGAGCUGGAUCCACCCCUUCCCUCUCCCUGCGGAAAGGCAGGAGCUGCUGGCAGAGCUCACCCCGCUGCUCCCACCCACCCCGGCCCCCCUGCGGCUCUUCCCGAUGGAUCCUUCCUGCUUUUUCCCGUGUGGAACCCAGGACCACAAUUAUUCCUGAGGCUUUAAUUUGGGUGUGAAAAUCUCCUGCUUUGGGCAAUAAAUCCUGGCUCCCUC